AUGGGGCGCAAUGAAAACCAUUCUCAGCGAGUAAAUUUGCACAUUUCUGGCCCAAAUAAAAUCAAAUAUACUUUACCAGUUCGCACGGUGAAACAACUAUCUUUGCCCAGCCAAAGCAUUAAUUAUAAAAAUUUGUGUAACCAAUAUCCACAUCUUAAAGGUUUACCUAUAAAUGAUUUUACAAAUGCUGAACCAAGUGUUUUAUUAGGCAUAAAUAAUUUGAAGUUUUGUAUACCAACACGAGUAAAAGAAGGUAAAAAUAAUGAGCCCAUUGCUAUUCGUACACGCCUCGGGUGGCUUUUAUGUGGUAACUCGAAUAUUGACCAAACAAAACAAAUUGAAUAUAAUUUUCAUACAUGUGAAUGCGAUUGCCAAAAUGAAAAUAAACUUAAUUAUUUAAUAAAACAGUUUUAUUCUCUUGAGAUGGCUGGUAUUACUAAUACAACUUCUAUGAUUGGUAAAGAUGACCAAAAAGCAAUCGAUUUAUUAGAAAAACAUACUAAACAAAUAUCCAAUGGCCAUUAUGAAACAGCUUUACUGUGGCGAUAUAAUAAUGUCAAAUUACCCCAAAGCUUUGAUAUGGCUAAGAAAAGAUUACUGUGCCUUGAGAAAUCUUUGAAAAACAAUAGAGAAUUAUUUGAUAUAUUUAAAAAAACAAUUACAGAAUAUUUAAAUAAAGGAUAUAUAACAAAAGUCAAGCAAAACUAUAAUGAUGAAAAAAUAGAUCAAAAUGUGUGGUAUUUGCCAAUCUUUCCUGUGUUCAAUAAAAAUAAACCGAAUAAAACCAGAAUAGUAUGGGACGCAGCAGCAAAAUCGAAUGGUGUUUCAUUAAAUAAUUUUCUGCUCAAAGGUCCUGACAUGUUGGCGUCGCUUCCAUCUAUUCUAUUUCGAUUCCGUCAAAGAAAAGUAGCUGUAUGCGGUGAUAUAGAACAAAUGUUUCAUCAGAUUUUUAUUCGCAAAGAAGAUCGUAAUGUACAGCGGUUUUUGUGGCGCAGUUGUGAUGAAAAUAAAGAACCAGAUGUGUACAUUAUGAAUGUGUUGAUUUUUGGAGCAUCAUGUGCACCUUGUAUAUCACAAUACGUAAAAAACCUAAAUGCGUCAAAAUUUGAAAAUAAAUAUCCUGAAGCCGCUGCUGCCAUAAAAGAUAAUCACUAUGUAGAUGAUUUUUUAGCUUCGACGGAUAGUAUAGAAGAAGCCAGUAAACUAGCAAAAGAUGUUAGAUACAUCCAUAGUCAAGCCGGUUUUAACAUUAGAAAUUGGUGUUCUAAUAGCAACAUUGUAUUACAAGAUUUAAAUUCAAAGAAAUCCACCAAUAAUAUUUGCCUAAAUAUUAGCGAUGGCCUUGAUACAGAAAAAAUUGUUCUACAGGAAGUAUGGAGAAGUGGUGUAGAAUGGGAUGAACCCAUUUUAGAAGAGCAACACAUUAAAUGGAAAAACUGGAUAACAUUUUUACCACAAUUAAACAAAAUUAAUAUACCCCGUUGCUAUCUUCAAGAAUUACCAAAUUACAACAACAUUGACGUUCAGUUACACACAUUCGUUGAUGCUAGCGAAAAUGGCUAUGCUGCUGUGUCGUAUUUUAGAAUCUUUAAUGGUAAUAAAGUUGUCGUAUCAUUAAUUGGGUCGAAAACUAGAGUCGCACCAUUGAAAGUAGUUUCAAUACCACGAUUAGAACUGAUGGCGGCUGUAAUUGGUGCCCGAUUUGCCAAUACCAUUAUUCAAAAUCAUUCUGUCAAUAUUAAUCGAAAGGUAUUUUGGUCAGAUUCGCAAACUGUCUUGAGUUGGAUACGCUCAGACCACCGAAAAUAUCAUCAGUUUGUUGCCGUACGAAUAAGCGAGAUUUUAGACAAUUCCGAGAUAAACGAAUGGUUAUGGAUAUCUGGGAAAAAUAAUGUGGCUGACGAAGCAACUAAGUGGGCGAAGAAACCAGAUAUAUCAGAUUCUAGUCGCUGGAUUAAUGGUCCAGAAUUUCUUAAAUUUCCUGAAAAUAAAUGGCAAUUUAAAAUUACAAAUUUAUUACAAACAGAACUGGAAUUGAAACAACAUAGUCUGCUUAUACAAAGUGAAGAACUAUUUAUUAACGUUGAACGCUUUUCUCGCUGGUGUAGAGUUUUACGAACGACUGCAUUUGUAAUUCGCUUUUGUAAUCGUCUGAAAACCAAACAAAUAGCUGGAAAUGAUGCGGAGUUAACACAAGAUGAAUUAUUCAAGGCCGAAUUAAUUUUAUUGAAACAAGCUCAACAACAAACGUUUUGUAAUGAAAUAAAGUGUAUUCAACAGAACAAAAAUUUACCAAAAACUAGUUUUUUAUAUAAACUAUCUCCAUUUAUUGAUAAUACUGGUGUACUUCGUGUGGCUGGAAGGAUUGAAAAUGCAGACAUACCUGAAGAAUUUAAGCAUCCAGCUAUUUUACCAAAAUAUUGUCGCAUUACAAAACUACUAAUAUUGCACUACCAUAAUAUUUACCAUCACAUUAACCACGAGACCGUCGUAAAUGAAAUACGGCAAAGAUAUUAUAUCCCAAAACUAAGAGUUGUUUGUAAACUUGUUGUACGACAAUGCCAGAUGUGUAAAGUGAAAAAUGUUUUGCCAGUGUUUCCUCAAAUGGCUAAGUUGCCCAGAGCUCGCCUUGGUGCCUUUCAGUCGCCUUUCACUUUUACGGGUCUGGAUUUUUUUGGUCCCCUAUAUGUUACAGUGAAUCGCCAUAAGGAAAAAAGAUAUGGCGCUUUAUUUACAUGCCUGACAAUUAGAGCUGUCCACAUUGAAAUUGUCCAUACUCUCAACACAAGCUCAUGUAUUAUGGCGAUCCGUAAUUUUACUGCACGUCGAGGACAACCAAGAGAAUUUUUCAGCGAUAAUGGGACAAACUUUGUGGGGGCUGAUCGUGAAUUACAGGAAGCAUUCAAGGAGGUGAACAAAAAUGAAUUGGUUCGUAACUUUACCAAUUCAAUUACAAAGUGGAAUUUUAACCCACCAUCUGCCCCCCAUAUGGGCGGGGCCUGGGAACGUUUGGUCCGUUCUGUAAAAACGGUCCUUUACAAAAUAAAACAUGAAAGGUGCCCAUGUGAUGAAACGUUAAAAAGUAUGAUGGCUGAGGUGGAAACCAUUAUUAACUCCCGACCAUUAACUUAUGUUCCAGUUGAAAGCGAAAAUGGAGAAGCCAUAACACCUAAUCACUUUCUUUUGGGAAGUUCAAAUGGCAUUAAGCCUCUUGCUACAUAUGAUGAUGACGGUGUUGUUUUGCGAGAAUGUUGGUUACGUUGUCAGCAGUAUGCAGAUAUAUUUUGGAGAAGAUGGGUGACCGAAUAUUUGCCAACAUUAACUUGCAGAUCGAAGUGGUUCGAGAAAGCUAAACCAUUAGCUAUUGGCGAAUUGGUGGUAGUGGUUGACCCUGCAAAUCCAAGGAAUGUGUGGCCCAAAGGACGAAUCAUAGAAGUAUACAAGUCUGCAGAUGGUCAAGUACGUAAAGCUAAAGUCAUGACGACGUCUGGUAUUUUAGAGAGACCUGCAGCUAAACUGGCAGUUUUGAACGUGGCUCAGCAAAUGGAGUAA